AAGCAGAAAUGGCGUCCUUGGAACUACUUUGAUCGUAGCCUUGUUUCAAUACGCUAUGUUGACGGUGUUUUGUUAUUUAUAUUGAGGAUGUGAAGCUUUGCAUUGAGAAGUGAACUACAAUAGUGUUUCUAUGUUAAUUUAUGUUUAUAUUUGAUUAUCUAUUCGAGGAAAGCGGCAAAAUCGCAAGAUAAACUAAACAACAAACGUGUGUGUCUAAGCAAAGCUGAAGGAUGCCGUUCGUUGUGUUGAAAAAGAAGAAACUUUCGCCGGGUCAGGAAGAUUUGAUGGUUGUACCAGAUGUCUGGGUUGAGGAAACUUUGGAGGACGACAAUGCUUUCGUGUUUUUACCCGUGGCCGACUGUAACACCAUAAAAACGUAUUUGGAAGAGCAGCGCGCCCCGUUUCCAGGAUGGGAGAAACAUGAAUGUGAAGUCCUGUGUAGAAAUAUUCCCAAUUUAAUAUCAGCCUAUAACACUAUCGAAAAGAUCCAGAAUGAGAAAAGCUUGGAUGAUUUUGUAGAAUUGUUCGACCCACCGAUUCCUAAGAAACGUUUAAAACGAGACGAACCAAAAAAGAAAGUGGCAGUUGAAAAGACUAUUGUGGAAGAAGACGAGCAGAAGGUAUUCCCACUCUUUAGAGCGGACCAGGAAAAUGAAGAUCCUUUUGGAGAUAUAAUACCGCCUUUAGAAAUGCCGCUAUCAUCGAACCCGGAAGAACUACCAUUCGAAGAGAAUGUGGGCACUGUUAACACACCGAAAAGUAUGGAUAAACACACACUUUUUACUUCCAAGGUGGGGAACGAUCCACUUGGUACAAAUUGGACCGUAACGUCACAGUCGCGAAUAUCUACUGAGACUAAUUCGGACCGAAGUAAAUCAUCAAACAAAAGGGCUUUCACUGUUGAAGACGACCAACAGAGUGACUACGAUGCACCAAUUGAUGAUGAUCCAUCGAGUGACUAUAAUGCUCCGAGUGAUGGCUAUACACCGAGUAACGGCGAUACACAGAGUUGGUCAUCCCGUAAAAAAAGGCAGCCGACUGUAUCUGACAAACCGAGAGAAGCUAAACAAAUUGCCCAGCUAUACGAUCUGAUGAAUGAACUGAAGUGUAUGAUGAUCAGCAAUCAGGAGGAGAUAAAGAAAAACAUGCGCGAAAAACUCUUCGUGUACGCAUGCAACGUGAAAAAAGAAUCCGAGCCUACGCAAUCGAUGCGACAAAUUGUGACUAAUUUUUUCAUCAAACAGUUGACCGACGCUGGUAGCGGCACACAGCAAACGAAUCUUCCAGGACCGAGUACCUCCGUGUCUACAACGUAA